AUGGCGACAAAGGAGGAAUAUCCACCAGCCUACUCCUCCCAUUCUCAUGAUCCGGCAACGCUUGUCUUUCCGCCCGUUGCAACGGGAGAUCUUUCUGCCCCGUCUCGUCGAGAGGAAACAAUUCCCAGAACGACUCUGGAGCCAAUGGUGAUGUCGCCGAAUCCCGCCCCACCUAAGCUGCGGACCAGCAUCGAAGCGCAUCAUCAACAGUACGUAUUGUCGCCUCGAGAGCAAAUAUUCCCUGCGGUACCGACCACGCCUAUUGGAGAGGGCUCUGAGAUGGAUGUGAGGAGCGACGUGUCUGUCAGCAAUGCAAGCAUCAUCGACGACCGCAGCAACAGAGCAGUCAGUGUACUCUCCAUGGACGACCUUAUUGCUGCGCAGGCUUUGCACAAUCUCGGAACUGGUGAGCAGAAGACGUCUCGAUGUCAUGGAAUGGGCAUUAUGCUAAAGCUAAAUGCAAAAGACACACGCCAACGAACCCAGAGCGAGGACACGGAGCGCCAAGCAGCCAUUGAGCGUAACGAACCCGCGCCACCUGAACCGCUACUUUCUCUUCUGACAUCGUCUCAUCCUCUGAUUGGCACGGCCAUUAACGGGUCACUGUCUGCCUAUUCGUCUUCCAAAUCUUACUCGCCGCGAUUUCGGACAGGUGCAGAGUUUGUCGAACGGCGACUGACGCCAGUUGCCAAUACCAUGGGAACCGUCGGCCGCAGGACGGGCGUCGAAGGCGGCGUGAGAUGGUGGUUGGGAGGCAGUCGAAGGCCAAGCACACACCAGCGACGAGAUUCACUGGAAGAUAAUGGCACAAACAAACGACGGAAAGUGAGCGGACCGCAGAGCAAUGGCAUGGACAUUGAGCAAAACUCGCAGCCACAUGCUGCCCAAAUGACCGAGCCCAGUCACCGUCGGACGUCCCAAUCCUCAUUUGCGGAAUCGCUGCCAGCCUAUGACGACCACCGCUCGCCUGGCUACGAAGAGCAUGAGCAGACCGGCUCAGGCGCGCUCGUUACUACGCAGCAGGAUGAGCGGCAAGAAACGCAGCCCUCGACCUGGCAUUCCCGUCUGAUGCUCUCGACGUCUGGCCUCGGCGUGGCCAUGAGCGAAGAGUCAUUACGCAGUCUCAAGUACUGCCUUAGCUGGCUUCGCUGGGCGAAUGUUCACCUCGGCAAGGUCAUUGUCGCUUUGAAAAAUGUCGUCGAGGAAUGGGAACAAUGGCAGCAAUCAAGGCCGGGCUCGGACGGAUACCGCAACGCAAUCAUGGAAGACGGCGAAGGCCGCUCGAGAGAUGCUUCGCAAGCUCUUGUGCAAAAUAGUUCCCGGGACCCUGCAGCUCUCUUUGCGCGCAUCCAAGAACUCAAAGGAGACGUGCUCAAGACGCUCAAAAGCGUCGUCGAUGUCGUGUCCCGAUACGCCGGCGGCGCCCUGCCUGAGAAUGCGAGAGAUCUCGUGCGUCGACACUUGACCUCCCUCCCUCAGCGAUUCCGUCUCGCCUCGUCUUCCUCCAACGGCACCCCAAGCGACUCUCUCCAGCCUGCCUCGGAAGCUAUCUCGAGCGCCCACCGUGUGCUGGUCCUUGCCAAGGAAGGAUUAGACAUGAUGUCCCAAGUCAGCGGAGUGCUUGACGGCACCCUUGUCAGCGCCGAAGAAUGGUGUGAGCGCUUGGGACGGAGAAAGCGCGGUGAGCCCGAAUCGCCAUCCCGUGGUGACCCUCCCUACACGGGCGAUAUCAAAGAGCGGCCAGAAUCGAUGCAGCGCGAUGGCGAUGUCGAGAUGAGGAAUGGCGAGAAGACGGGCUGA